AACCUCAAUAAAUGUCAAACUUGCCAAAACUUAUGUUUAUCUGUUUCUAAUGACUACUUGCGUCAAAACGUAGAAAUGGGAUACUAUCUCGAAACGAGAUUAAAUUGUUAACUGGGUUCUCAAUUAUUUUCACAUAAUUUGAUGGGUGAAUCCGUUAAUAAUACUUGCUUGAAAUGGCUCCACUUACAGAUUUACUUUCUUGUAGCAUAAUCGAGAAAGAUUCUAACGGUGAUGUGUUAUGGACGUGGUCUUAUCCAAUAAUAUCGGAAUCGCAAAAAGCAGUUGUCACAAGAAAAUGUAACUUGGAGUUAGAACACAAUUCUCCGCAAGUAUUCAUAUUUUCAAGGCAAAAGCACGAUUGGUUCUACAUACAUUGUAGCGAAGUAUUCGAUUCGGACAAAUUGCCACAAGUAAAACAAUUUGCAUUGGUUUUGUUCGCGAAAGACUUUAAUCCACGAAAAUACGAAGUACUUUCAAGAGUCCUUAGCAAAAUGUACUGUAAGACCGGGAAACCAACAGAAAUCUUACAGCUGUACCUUUCUGUGUUUACAAAAGGAUCGUGUUCUACCCAAGAGAACGGAACAUUUGUUUCGGAUGACUUUAAUAGUCAUUGUUUUACGGUUAAUACUAAUAUCAAAGAAUUAAUUAAAACAUUCGAAUUGGAAACAAUUCUAAUAUACACAGCCCUUCUUUUAAAGAAGAGAAUAAUAGUCUAUCAUCAUAGCUUGGAACAACUAUUAAAAUGGAUUGGGUUAUUUCCUGCAUUAAUGAAACAUCGUAAAGUCACUGAUAAUUUAUUUCCUUGGGUGGAUCUGGUCGACGAUGAACUAUCAGAAUUGAAGAGACAUUCGCAUUACGUUGCUGGCUGUAGAAAUAGCUCUAUCUCAUCAAAAACAGACCUGUUUGACCUGCUCGUGAACAUUCCAGCUAGAGAGAUUACUGUUGCCUCGCAUGCAAAAGAAAGUCUCACAAUGACAAAAACGCAUAAAGAAAUAGCUUUAUUCAUGGUCCAGUUGUGCGAAAAUCAAACCUAUACAGAAGCCCAAAUAAUAUCUGAAAUAAAUGACAAAACUCAGGAUCUAUUGAAUCAACUAACGUCCCUGGCAGUUGUUCAAGGACCCGAUGGAAGAAAAAUGGUUUCAGCGCAAACAUUGAAGGAAAAGAAUUUACCACCGGCUGUAGAAAAUUUCUUAAUCAACUUGGCUGUCGCGGAAAAUUUGUUUUUAUUAUAA